CUACAUCUCACAACAGGUUAGACGAGGCAAGUUGUUGAAUAGUUCGAUACAAUGAUAAAAACGAACAUGCCCACUGAAAUGCGAGGUCCGAGAAUUCGGUGGUGCGUAGCGAUAUUGGUAGUAGCAGCAAUUUGGGCGUGUGAUGCAAAACCGAUGUUUGGAAGACGGAGAGCAGUUCCUCCGUUGAAGAGAAAGAUGCAGUCUUGGUUUAUUCGGAAUCGCUCCCAGUCCAAGAUGUCCGACACGAUGUAUCAGAGGACUAAGAAUUCUGUGGCAAACAGACAUAACAACAAUUCAUGCCGUCCCAAACAACGCGGAUCGUUCAUGACAAGCACCCGACCAACGAAGGAACAGCUGUAUCGCUGGUUCGGAAUCGAAGGAGAAAACCCGAAUCAGUUUUUGCGCUGCAUGAUGCUACGAAAUACAUUCAAUCAUAAUAUAAGCGGCAUCACAAAUCCUUUUCUCAAGGUUCAGAGAUCAUGUGAACCGCAACGGACACGUGACUGCGAUUCUAUUGACUCUUCCUCUCCUCUAGUAGACAAUAAUGGGAAGAGAACAUUGAAGAAUAUAGCGAAAGUGGUUGAGAAAAGCCAAAGAGGAGAGGGAAAAAGCGGUGACAAGAAUUUCUUGAAAGCAAGGAGAAAUACUGUGCGCGCCAACUUGGCACUUGAGAGCAGCUCUGAUGUGGAAAAUUCAUGGUGGCCGUCAUUGCAGAUCUCCCAGAACGAUGAUCCAGACCGAGGUCCGCUCAAGGAAGAAAAAAAAAGUUUCAGAAAGCAAGACUGGAGAAUACUUACGUAUCGAAAAAGAGUAGGAAGAGGAAAGGACUGUUACGAAAAAGUUAGGGAUGCAGCUCUGGAUUGGGAGUUUCAGUCAGCCGAUGGAUCCAUGGGUAUGAUGCAAGUUCCCGAGGCAUGUCCAAGUGGUGACAAAUUUGCAAUGCAGACAAGCCACGCUGUUUCUACCAAAAGUAAAGGAUCAUAUUCUGUACGACCUGUCGAAGACGACAGCUCAGGGCAAGUCGACAAUCGGCGCACGCAUUCUUCUUCGUCAUAUCGCAGUCUUGGAUCGCGCCGUUUGGUAAGCUUUGCGUCAAAAUCCCUUACUGAAAUCUUGCCGUCACCGUUCCAACGACGCUUGUAUUCGAUCAACCCUGUCAUGGUCGUAUACGAUGUAGUAGAUCAGCGGGCUCCAGACGGACAAAGCACAUUCACUUCGACAGCAUAUUCUACGCUGAAAGGUCAUUUUAUUAAAGGAGAGGAAAGAGUUACGGUUGCUCUUCGGGAUGGAUCACAAGAUGUCGAGGUCGAAAUUUUAUCGAUUAGCCGAGCCGGGUCCGGCAUCGCUGGGAAAACGCUCUGGCCAUUCAUUGGGAAGAUGCAAUCAAAAUUUUUCCAACAACAAUUGCAACAUCUUUCCGACUGCGGUAAUGUUGUUGAUACAGCAAAGUACUGAAAUGUGCCUUUUAUUCGUCAGAGUACUGAAUGAAACCAAUCAUUACAGUUACGUCGAUAACGAUACGACGAAGCCUAGGAGAAGCAUUUCUUAAUUUGUGUCUGCAAAUAAUGUAGCGCYUGUAGCCAACAUUAUAAUGUUCCUGGAUAAGAAUCUUGAAUGCAAUGUGCUUGAGUAAAGAGCAAGUCGAGCGUUUUUGUUAUCGCGACGACAAAAAUAGACGGCGAUGAUUUUAAAGGUUCUACAAAUCUUUGCAUUGACGAAGGAUCACCUUGCUAGGACCGGAAUAGGCGCACCUGCAAAACUUCGUGGGAAGGAUGGACAGCCUCAAUGACUGGAGCAGAACUUGAUGCGACCAACAAGGGAUCUUCGGGGUUGCUCCGGAAGUCAUGAUACGCGGAACAAAUCGCAUCCUCAGCGGCUUCCUGUACGCUAUCCAGCAUUGGUACGCUGGCGAGUGGUCCUACCAGCGAAAGGCGUACUGCGGAGGAAACAAGAUCUCUGGCCAUGCAGUAUGCAAACAAUCUGCACACCUGCACCUCGUCCAAGCCCAAAAGUCCACCUAUUGCCCCAAGAGCCGGGGCUAUGUGAGGGGCACUCCCACUCUUUAAGCAAUCUAAGAUGUAUUUAUUUGGAAGUGUAGGUUCAUGGGAUUCGUUUGCACCAUUUAGCCAGUGAGCGGCAACUCGAAUAAGUGACUUUCCUUGGUCAAUUGAAGCAGAGCAAGCCGGCUCGUUUGUAACCAUAAUGGCAUGGCACUGCCGAUGCAGUUUUUCCCAAAGAUCUUCCAUUGUCUUCUUGUCGCUUCCAUUUGAUGUUUCACACUGAGUGAUGCGGAGGCCCCUAACUAGGAAUGGGGUAAGCAGCUGUAUAGAUGAUCUAGUAGCAGCGUGAAUAAAAGAGCAUACGUCUUCCUCGUUGCGGAUCAUUCCCAGCUGAGUUGCAGCUUCCAAUCCAGCAGAAUGUGCGAAACUUCMAGUUGGAAGACCAGAAUCGGCAAGCAUUACGACAGACCAAAAGGAACGAGACGUCUGUGAAAAAUCGUUGAAGGAUUCGAGAGGCUUUCUGGAUGAAGGGUAGCUUUUGGCCGCCUUAGUUUGAUGUUUUUUUGUUGGAGUUUCGAAAAUUUUCUGUUUUUCGUUCGUCACACCCUGCACUGGAAUUUCAGAUCUCUGAGCUAGAAUACGGUCUUUGUAAAAUCCAAAACCGAAACUGGGUGCAAGAGGAAUCAGGCAUUCAUGAAAUACUCGGUAGAGAUCUUCAUUCGUCUCGCCCGCAAGUCGAAUCACGUGUGCAUUACUCGGUUUUCCAGGCAAUGAUAUCUUGCUUACACCCAUAACAAUGCGUCCAGAGAGCUUUAAAUCGUCAAUAGUUUUCACGCUUCGAAGCAUUGUGUCGCCUUCGCCGUUGCCAUCUCUUUCUCGAAUUCUUGUAUGCUGUGCGGCAAAUAAAUCCGCUAGAACUUG